CCGGUUCCGAUUUUUGCAGCGGUGCCCCCCGCACCGCACGUGUCGCCGUUGCCUGCCUGUGUCGCUCGCUCGGCGGACGCGUGGGACUCGCCAUGCCAAAAGUACCAAAGGGCAGAGGAGGAGGGCAAGAGAAAAAAGUCAUCCAUCCUUACAGCAGAAAGGCUGCUCAGCUUAUGAGAGAAGCACACAAACAGGAAAAAAAGGAAAAGUUGAAGAAUGAAAAAGCCUUGCGUCUGAGUAUUGUAGGAGAAAAAUUGCAAUGGUUUCAAAGUCACCUUGAUCCCAGCAAAGCAGACUACACAAAGAAAGAAGCCUGUGAACUAAUUGAAAAAUAUUUACAUCGAUUCAGUGAUGAACUUGAACAGAUUGAGUUACAUAACAGCAUUAAAGGCAGACAGGGAAGGCAGCACAGUUCCCGGGAGAUAAUCAUCAAACAGACCAUAGAGCAUGAAAGACAACUCUAUGAAGGAUAUGGGAUAGACAUUCCUGACAUUGUGAAUGGCAAACAUCUUAAUAUUUUCAGAGAAUGGGAUGGCGAUUUGAAGAAACUGCCAAACAUUAAAAUGAGAAAAGUCUCUACUAAAGAUGCUGUUUGCAGUAGGACAGAGGUGGCAAAUGGGGAAGCUGAAGAGGAAUUAGAUGCAGCAAAAGACACAGACUAAUGAGCACCAGCCGAUACAAAAGGUGAAACAGCUGAAAGGGACUGCCAGGAACCUAUUUGAACUAUCACUGGAAGCAAGAAUAAAGCUGGUAUUUUCAAUUAUAUUUGAGAAGACUUGGCUGGUUGAAUAUUUGAUUAGUUGGUUGUGCUUCACCCUGGCCUUAAGU